CACUGCUUAGGCAGGUCUCAUACGGGCCAAAAACGCCGAACUCAGCUUUUCGAUCUCUAUCGCCGACUGCUCGCCUGUUGGGUUUAUGAAGUUGCAAAAAAUGGAUAUGGGCAUCGGUGCUUUCACAUAGUGUGGCCGAUUUCAGUGUUUCAGUACCAAAACGCGCAACGAGCGUAUGCAGUGGCCCAGCACUCAGCACUUAGGGCGUUGCCGGUUCCAACGUCUCAACUCAGCUUGAAUACAGAAAGACCUAGGCGCAGACCGAGGGAUAAGUCGCCAGCGAUUGGCCUCACUACAACACUCCCACUUCUGGACGAAGAUCUGGACGACAUCCCACCUAACUUGAUUGAUGACCAGGUUGAAAAGGUGGUACAAAGACCGGUACGUAGGAAAUCACUGAACAAACUGGCACCUGAUGUUGUUGAGGCACAGUUGAAAAAAGAGAUAACGAAGGCAGAAGAGUCUGAUGACAGUGAGGGCGAACCAUUGAAGGCUACUUUUCAGGUGUUUGUAAAGGACGUAGAGAUAACAAAGGUGCCACUUAAAGAAGUCCUCAAAGCUGAAUCGCAGACAAAAAUAGAUUCAGAACUUCAUAAAUUCGCCCAGAAAGAUUUGGAAGUAGGAAGUCUUUUUCGUCUGAAUAAAAAAGAAUUAGAAUCGGUACCUCAAAAGGUAGAGGCGAAUAAAGUGAUCCUAAAGACGGACGAGGUGAAACAAUAUCCACCAAAGAAAUCAAUACUGAAGACUUCUCAACCCAAAGUGGUUGAGGAAAAGAAACAAUUUGAGAAGUUAGAAACAAAAUAUAUAAUAGAACCGGAAAAGAUAGUUGACAACGACGUGACGAUGGUGGGAGACGACCAGACUCUGUCAGAACCCGUUCAGGUGGUGUUGGCCAAACCCAAACAUCAGUUUGAGCUCGAUGAAGUGGCCUUGUCAAGAGUACUCUUGCAUCCAGAGGUGAAAGACAAACAUGUAGUUGUGGUAUCUGUUGCUGGUGCCUUCCGCAAGGGCAAGUCAUUUUUGCUUGACUUCUUUCUGCGCUACAUGAAAGCAAAGUAUACAUCAGUGAGCGUAGGGAAAAGUGGAGGGGACUGGUUGGGGGCGGACGAUGCCCCACUUGAAGGCUUUGCCUGGCGUGGAGGCUCUGACCGAGAGACAACAGGGAUUCUCAUGUGGUCAGAAGCAUUCAUAGCAACUCUGCCGUCUGGUGAGAAGGUGGCAGUGGUGUUAAUGGACACACAAGGUGCAUUCGAUCAAGAGAGCACUGUGAAGGAUUGCGCCACAGUCUUCGCCCUAAGCACAAUGGUCAGCUCUGUGCAGAUAUACAACUUGUCACAGAACAUACAGGAGGAUGACCUAAUGAACCUACAGUUGUUCACAGAGUACGGCAAGCUGGCACUGGAGGACUCUGGAAACAAACCGUUCCAAAAACUGAUGUUCCUGGUUAGAGACUGGAGCUACCCGUAUGAGGCCAGUUAUGGGGAGAAGGGAGGCAGCAAGCUGUUGGCCAAGCGACUGAGAAUAAAAGAGGACCAAGACCCACAGCACCAGACUAUUCGGAGACAUAUUAAAGAGUGCUUUACAGACAUAACUUGCUUUUUGCUACCUCAUCCGGGCUUCAAAGUAGCAACCAAUCCAGAAUUUGAUGGCAGAUUAAAAGGUAUGUUAAGACUCUAUGCAGCUUCAAAAAUUGUUGAUAACCAGUGUUAAGAAAUAUACCUAAGA